CUUAUUUAUAGAACUAGAAUCAAACUGCAGGCCCCUCAUCCUUGCAAUACAAUCCGGCUCUGGCAACAACGAUGGAGCUCGUGACUCACCCAGUGUUGCCCAAAACUACAGUUAUCCCACCGACUGGACUGGCAGAAAUACUCUAAAGCAGCCAUGGGAUGUUUCCAUGACUUUGACCUCGCAUUGUGGCCUUUACAUUCCAAACGCGGAGAGCCUCUCCCAAGUGCCUCACCUGCCCCCAUUGACCUAGUCGUCGACGUCAAAGCAAGCAACAAUAGACGUGGGAGUGCCUGGAUGGGCGACAUGGAGCUGAUAUUUCCACUCCACGAUCCACAUCGCCCGGAAGGUUUCAAGAAAGGCAUGUUCACACUCGAAUCUAGCGCCGCCUGGCCGACGGUGCGUGGCUUGGGCCGCGGUUGUCGCUGGUUAUAUGAUACUCGCCUGUCGAUGGUCCCGAUGUUGAAACAGCAACCAGAAUACCAUAGUGAGAUGGCUUACUACCCUCAAGAGCCAAACAAUCUAGCGUUCAUUGUGCGGAUCAGGCGGCGGAUCAAUGUGUCUUAUGAAGAACAGGAGGAUGUGGAUGUGAGCUUUUUGCUCGGUGGAGUUAGGGUAGAUGGAGUGCCGUCGGGCACGGAGACGGAUGUCGCGUUCGUUUGUAGAUGGUCGCAUACGAAUAUUACGGGUUGGCCUAAGGACAUCGCAGCAGGGCUGAUUAAUAUCAAGUUCUCAGCGUAGAUAUGAAUAUACAAUGCCUCGUUCUCCUAAUAUAGCGUCGUCACACUCCUUUCCUCCGCUUUAGCGUGCAGGGCAGGAGUGCAUAUCAGCACAGAGCUCCGCACAGUCGUCCAUUUCCUGCUGCCGUGUGGAUAUUCUGAAGUUCCAUAGCUGCCACCCAGGAUAGCGCACGAAGUAUGUACAUUGAAAAAGGCCUCAUACCCGUCAUCUAGCACCUCGCUGUCAGAGUGGGACAACUAAGAUGUACAUAGAAUCGUAUAGACGUUGUUCCCCCACCAAGACACCUGAUAUCAAAUGCAGGCAGAUCUCGUGAAUUGUCGGCUGCAACGUGGUGUACGAGGUUGUACGAGCAGUCUCUGACUGCUAUUGACAAAGCCGUCAGCAAGAAGGAAAGGC